CAGUGCAGAUAGCGAAAGUACGUGCUCAGCGCAACCUGCGAGCCGCUCUACACACUUUAGCAUGGCUCGGCGGCCGAGAAACAGUGUUUACAGUAGUGAGGAGGAUGAGGAGGAGACCGAGAUGUAUGAACACGAUUAUGAUGGAUCACUGGCCAAAACAGGGAAACGCCACCUCGGCAAAACACGCUGGACACGAGAAGAGGAUGAGAAGUUGAAGAAACUUGUUGAACUUCAUGGAUCAGAAGACUGGAAACUCAUUGCAAGCUUAUUAACUAAUCGUACAGAUGUGCAGUGUCAGCACAGAUGGCAGAAGGUGCUGAAUCCAGAACUCAUCAAAGGGCCCUGGACUAAAGAGGAGGACCAGAGGGUGAUUGAGCUGGUCCAGAAGUAUGGAGCCAAGCGCUGGUCGGUGAUUGCCAAGCACCUGAAGGGGCGAAUUGGCAAGCAGUGCCGCGAGCGCUGGCACAACCACCUGAACCCAGAGGUAAAGAAGACAUCGUGGACUGAGGAGGAGGACCGAAUUAUCUACCAGGCACACGAGAAGCUGGGCAAUCGCUGGGCCGAAAUCGCGAAGCUGCUCCCUGGCAGGACUGACAACGCUAUAAAGAACCACUGGAACUCCACCAUGAGGCGAAAGGUGGAACAAGAGGGCUACCUGCAGAACACGUCAAAGAACAGCAAUUCCUCACUCUCCAUCGGCCAUGGCUACGUCAAGACCACCAAUCACAUCAUGGGUUUCCCCAACCACUCGCCCAAUCAAGCGCAGCUGCCUCACUUGUCGCCAAGCUACACUUACAUCUCCAACACGCACAGAGUGCCCUUCCCCAUGGCCUUGCAUUUGAACAUCCUGAACAUUCCCCAGCAUGGAACCGCUGCUAUACAGAGACACUAUAAUGAGGAGGACCCCGAGAAGGAGCAGAGGGUGAAAGAGAUCGAACUGCUGCUCAUGUCAACAGAAAAUGAGCUGAGAGGCCAGCCAUCACUACCAAUGAGUUUGCCCUAUCCGAGCUGGGUCAGCCAGAGCUCUUUGUCCAACAGCUCAGAGGGUGUGGCUAUGUCGUUACCUCAUCACCUGGCAGCCGCCCCUGCCCUGCCUCUCGACCAGAGCUGCCUGCCAGAGGAGAGCGCCUCUGCAACACGUGCCCACAGCAACAACAGCAGCAACAAUAAUAACAACAACAACAGCAACAGUCAUCACAGUAGCCCAACGUUCUCAAAUACUAUUCCAGAGUUCAUGGAAUCCGUCAUUGAUUCAGCCCCUACCAGUGGGUUCUUGGAUAAGAGCAUUCUCAAAACAGACAGGGUCUUGCCCAAUCAGGGCUCAAGAAAUGCUCACGGAGCAUGGGCUGGUUUCAUCUGCUCAACUCCCAAGAAAUCACCAGUCAGAAAUCUACCCUUUUCACCCUCGCAGUUUCUCAACCAGUCAAUGAGCCCAGAACACUCCGACAGCGACAGCUUACCAAUGAACUCACCUGUGGACUCCAAGCCUCUGAUCGACCACUCUGUCAGGCCUCUGAAAGAGAAUGAAAUGUUCAGAACUCCAAACAUUUGUCGUUCAAUCCUGGAGUCAUCACCACACACACCCACACCUUUUAGGUCAGCUCUGGCCCUGCAGGAAGCCAAGUACGGACCCCUCAAACUACUGAAUACCCCUUUGGAGCAGCAGAUGGUCAACUCCAUCAAGCAGGAGCCGAUGGAGUGUGCCAUUGAGCCGCCUCCACUGAAGAAAAUAAAACAAGAGGUGGAGUCCCCAUGUGAGAGGAGCCCGUGCAUGCAGUGGGAACCACAAGACCUUCACGCACAGCUCUUCUCUCCCAGUGGUCCUGCACAAGAAGUACCGGACCUACUUACCAGCUCAUUAUUGAGUGAAGACGGACACAAAGUCUACCACCUCCCUCGCAGAGGCAUGAGCAGCCCACUACAGCUCAGUACCUGGGAGCAGGCGACCUGUGGGAAAACAGAGGAGCACGUUUUGGCCUCAGAGCAGAGCCACAAGUACAUCAACACUUACCCUACGAGGACACUGGUCAUGUAGACAGAGACACAUGUUGAUCUGGAAACAUCGACAUUCCUGCGCUGGACGCAGCGCGGCAGGUUUCAUAUUUGUUGUGGUACAACAGUUGGGAGAGGCUCUAUGCCACUGGUGUUUUUACACUCACACUUGUUGGAUUUCAACCAACCAAAGACUAUAACUUUUUUGUUUUUUAUAUCUUUUACAUAGAAUAUGCUUCGGGUUUUUAUAAAUGUUCGUCCUAUUACUUUUUGUCUUGUGUUAUUAUCAGUGUUGUAUUAUAAAUGGGAUAUGGUUGCUAUAUAAUUUGCGUUGGGCUGUAUUAUUAAUUACGAAUUUUGAUAUUAAUAUAAAGAACAAGUUGAUUAAUUUAUUUCUUUUAUUUUUAUUAUGACUUUGUUGAUGUUUUUUUUUUGUUUUUUUUUUUACAAUUGGCCAAUGGAGCAGUGUUGUAAGUUAAGUAUUUAAGCCCUAUUAGCAUUAUCAUAUAUCUAAAGGCAUAUUAAUGAAUUCAAAACUGACCUCUGAAACUUUUCUGUUGCUUUUUUUAAUAGAAUAUAUUGGGUCUACUGAGAAUUUCAAGUGUUUGGUCUGUGCCACCUCAUAUAAACACUUAAAUACUACUAAUUACUAAACAAGAACAGCUACGUCUGUUCUUACAUCAUUAUUCAACUAUGACCUAUAAUGUUUUUCACACCAGAAGGGGCCAGCCUUCUUAGUAUUACCUGAUCACCACAUUGGCACCUUCAUUUCAACUUUCAAUUUAUAUCCGACCUUCAAAGUAUCAUGUACGAGGAAACAUUCCAUGAACAAACAAUUAUAUUUGUUAAAAUCUAAGUAUAUAGAUACACACACAUACACAUACACAUAUAUAAUAUAAUUAUACAAUUAAAAACCUUGAAUAACCUUGUAUGUUUGAAACCAUGAGCUUUCACCCAGUAAGCGUGAGACCAACCUGCACUUGAAUUUUAUAUUCUCCAUAAAAAAGCGAGAGUGCUAAACACUGAUAUUUUAUAUUAUGCUACAAACAAAAGCCCAGUUGAAACUUUUGUAUGGUUGUUGUUUCUUAACAUUUCUUUGAAUAGUUUGUAUUGUUUUAUAAUGCAUCUUCAAUCAUUUUGUUGUUAUACUAAAACUGCAGUAGCCCAUGUCAAACACUUAGCAGACAAUCUUUUUUUUUUUAUACAUUUUAAUGCCUUGUUUUUAUACUAGCUUUUAAAUGAUUUUAUAAAAGCAUUUAUACAUGCCAAGUUUUGAUGUUUUUUUUUAUACUUUUCUAUACUGCCUAGAAAAUAAAGUGUGUUGUUUUAUUACA